GUCUGCUCAACUCCAGAGCCUGCUCAGCUCUGCUCUGCUCCUGCAGCCCACGAUUCCAUCCCUCUAAUGAGCUGAACGAGCCCAGCAAGGAGCUCCAGGCUCUGUCUAACGCAGUGACCCUGUUGCAGAGCUCAGUGGUGCUGCCAGCGGCUCCCCCAUGGCUGCAGCCAGCGGCGAGGGGACAGCAGGGACGCGGCUGCUGCCAGCUGGCACUGCCCUGGCCCUGCUCGGUGGCCUGGUCUACCUGGGCACCCUGUGUGCUGCCUGCAAACGGAAGGGCAGGAAGAAGGUCGCUCCGGACGGGGUGAAGCUCGUGGAUGAGGCCCUGCUCUGCCAGACCCAGCUGCGGUCACUCAGCAAGUCGGACACGAAGCUGCACGAGCUGUACCGGGUGAAGGUCAGGGAUGUCCAGCGUCCUGCCAGCCUGGAUCUCCCCGGUCCCACGGCCCCUGGGGGUGAAUCCCUGCACAGCUCUGGCCUCCUGCACCGUGAGCUGCCCCAGAUCCCCGUCCCUGAGCCCCCGGCCACCUCCCCAGCCCCCGACCAGACCUACUCCAACCUGCUCUUCACCCCGCUGCGCAAACCAGUGCCAGACGCCGUCUAUGAGUGCCUGGCAGUGGGGGAGGAGGGCACCCCGGUGCCCCCCAUGCCAGCUGGCACCCAGGUGUCCCCUCCACGGGCUGUGCACGGGACAGCUGAUUACGCCUGUGUCCAUAAAGUGAGGAAGGUGGUGUCGGUGGAGGUGCAGGAUGGGGCUGUGGCAGGACCCUCUGGAGCACAGCACUGCUGGGAUGGCACAGGCGGUGCCCCUCAUGCCAAGCUGGAAGAGAUGUACUCGACGGUGUGCAAAGCCACCAAGAAGAAAUCCCAGGUCCCUGCAUCAACCCCGAGGGCUGUGAAGGAGGGGGGGUCUGAGGGGCCGCACCCCUGCCAGCAGGAGGGGGCCCCAGCAGCCCCAGGUGCCCCUGACCCCUGUUAUGAAUCCAUCAACGACAGAGCAUGGACUGCCCAGGCCCGUGGCCCCGAGCCUGACUAUGAGGCUGUGGACAUUAACUGGAAGAAGGCAGCAAAACGGGACAAGCCAGGGAAGCCCUGUGUGCCUGAGAACCUCUAUGAGAGCGUGGUGGACGUCUGGGCAGGGGGGUCCCGGAAAGCCUCUGCCCGGACAGCAGCCAACGGGCUGCAGGUUUACAUCACCAACCUAUAGCCCCCAGGAGCAGGGGC